AUGGUUAGUAUAACCCCUACGCUUUUGAAGAGUAAAGCCGUGUAUAACUGGCGAAUCAAGGAAACUGACUUAUUGGCAAAACUAAAAACAGAGGAAGGACGUGCUACGUUUGUUACCAUCUGUCAAGAUAUAGCAGCGAAUCAAGCUUUGUUGGAAGACUUUAUCCUCUCAGUGAAAGAAAGGGUUGACGAGAACAGUCGAAAUCUUGCCUUAGAAGCGGAAUCAAUUUCUAAAGCAUUGGCAGAUAUUUCUGCUUUGGAAAGAAGGAAAAGGGAUGAUCAUAAUACCGAAAUUGUGGAGAAGUUGAAAGAAGAGCGUGGAAAGUUAUUGAUGCUUUAUGAGCAGGUCUUUGCGGAAAAGGAAUUCAGAAGGAAACAGCUUUAUAUGGAUGUGCAGUCUUCAAUGGCGAAAGAGGAAGAAGAGCAGAGGCGAAUAGUAGCAGAUUGCUUAAGACGUUAUGCUGAACUUAUGGCACCACCUGUGCGCGUUCCAGUUGCAACAUCACAGAAAAGUAAAAUUUUGCAAUAUUUGGGCCCGUUUAGCAUAUUAUUUAGCUGGAAGAAGAGAAGUGAAAAAUCUGGUAAAAAAGGAAUGCGUGAGAAGUCGAAGAGCGUUUUUAACAGUAAAGAAAAAACACCACAAUCUGAAGCUCAAAAGUUAAGUGAUAGCGGUGACGAUCCAAAUCGCCUGAUCGUAGCCAGGUAUGAGGAAGUGUGCGUGGGCUGCUUAGAUAACAUGGUCCAAGUUUUAAUAUUUCCGUGUGGUCACGUUUGCUUAUGCGAGAAAUGCGCGUCGAAGGUUGAAAAUUGUCCGCUGUGCAGGGUCGAAAUACUCAGGAGGAUAUUGUUAUCACCAAUUUGGUGA